AGAAGACGAUACUAAUGAAACUAGUUUUUACUGUAAACUCUUUCACUUUCGAAUUCUUUGUCACGUAUGCUACACGGAAAUUGACGCUUAGUCAAUCACCUUCGUUAUUUUGUAACGUAACACCUAAACUAUAGUAUAGAAUUGGAAUAUUUAUCCACUUUAACACAAUAUGGCUCUUUUCGACGUAAGUGGAUUUAAGUCUUAUUCUGAACUCCGUGAGCAGAUUCUUCCUGCAGGAAAGACGCAUCUCGUCGACCGAACCAACCACUACAAUUUCGGGACCAAAACUCAAGAAUUUGCUUUACCUCUGGGUGUAGACCCAUCAGGGUUUCUCAAAUCCUGCAACCGUGACGGCGGUGUGUGUAUAGAGCUGAACCAUGGUACCACCACCCUGGCUUUCAAAUUCAGACAUGGAGUCAUCGUGGCUGUGGACUCCAGAGCCUCAGCUGGACGGUACCUAGCAUCCAACGAUGUCAACAAGGUCAUAGAGAUCAACCCCUACCUGCUGGGCACCAUGUCGGGCAGCGCUGCAGACUGCCAGUACUGGGAGAGACUCCUCGCCAAAGAAUGCAGGCUGUACAGACUGAGGAACAACCACAGGAUCUCUGUGGCUGCUGCCUCCAAGCUGCUGUCUAACAUGAUGCUGGGUUACAGAGGCAUGGGCCUCUCUAUGGGAAGCAUGAUCUGUGGAUGGGACAAACAGGGCCCUGGUCUGUACUACGUGGAUGAUAAUGGGACGCGUCUGUCUGGCCGUAUGUUCUCUACCGGCUGUGGGAACAGUUACGCCUACGGUGUGAUAGACAACGGUUACCGGGAAGACAUGACGGUGGAGGAGGCGUAUGAACUGGGCCGUCGUGGGAUCGCUCACGCUACACACAGGGAUGCUUACUCUGGAGGAGUGGUCAACAUGUACCACAUGCAGGAGGAUGGCUGGAUAAAGGUGUGUAAGGAAGACGUAUCAGAGCUGAUCCACCGCUACAGGAAGGGGAUGUUCUGAGUUUGACCCCUAAACCCAGAUCAGCCUCAGCACUCUGCAAUCUGAAAAUCUGAUAUGUUUCUGUCCAAAUGUAAUUUUUAAAAAUCUAAAUCAGAAAACACAUUAAAAUAGUUUACAUCUGAUUUUGGAAAUGAAUCCUCCUACUUUGUCUCACAGCAGAGUGUGUAAGGAACUGUUUGGUCCAUGUUUGAUUCUGGAUCAAUAAAAUGUCCAUCAGAGCAUGAAAUGCUACGUUGAACCAUUUCUUUCCUACAUAUUCCCACAUAUGAACCUAAAGAUUUCAGGAUCAAAUUGUCAUCAUGAAACUAAGAUCUUUGUUUGGUUAGUGUUCUUUAUAUUAUGUAAUAACAUGUUUAUACUACAGCUCCCCUGGCUGACAUGUCUUACUGUUGUCAUUUGUGGUUUGUGUGAACCAGACAUCCUGUUAAAAUAAUCUUAUCAAUACGCACAGCUCCAAAUAAAAUGUUGUUCCCUCA